AUGACUAUGGAAAUGACCACCACAGCUCCCUCCCUCACAACCUCGAACACAGAUGUGGUCACAUCCACCUUCUCCUUUGUGGACUAUGUGGUGCUUGUCCUGCUGCUGGUUCUGUCCCUUGCCAUUGGGCUUUAUCACGCCUGUCGAGGCUGGGGCCAGCAUACCAUUGGCCAGCUGCUGCUGGCGGACCGCAAGAUGGGCUGCUUUCCUGUGGCAUUGUCCCUGCUGGCCACCUUCCAGUCAGCUGUGGCUCUCCUGGGUGUACCAUCUGAAAUCUAUCGAUUUGGCACCCAAUAUUGGUUCCUGGGCUGCUCCUAUUUUCUGGGGCUCCUGAUCCCUGCCCAUAUCUUCAUCCCUGUCUUCUACCGUCUGCAUCUUACCAGUGCUUAUGAGUACCUGGAGCUCCGAUUCAAUAAAACAGUGCGGGUUUGUGGAACCUUGACCUUCAUCUUUCAGAUGGUGAUCUACAUGGGAGUUGUGCUGUAUGCACCAUCAUUGGCCCUCAAUGCAGUGACUGGCUUUGAUCUGUGGCUGUCAGUGCUGACCAUAGGCCUGGUCUGUGCUGUCUAUACUGCUCUGGGCAGCUUGUCAUUGUGCAUCUUCUUUUCCAGCACCAUAUCUUCAGCUUUUAAUUCCUUGGCAACUGUUACAAUGGAAGAUCUGAUUCGACCCUGGUUCCCUGGGUUCUCUGAAGUCCAAGCUACCAGGCUUUCCAAAAUCAUCGCAUUUGGUUAUGGACUGCUUUGUCUGGGGAUGGCCUAUGUUUCCUCCCAGAUGGGAUCUGUGCUUCAGGCAGCAAUCAGCAUCUUUGGCAUGGUUGGUGGGCCGCUGCUUGGACUCUUCUGCCUUGGGAUGUUCUUUCCUUGUGCCAACCCCGCUGGAGCCAUAGUGGGCCUGUUGUCUGGACUCAUCAUGGCCUUCUGGAUUGGCAUUGGGAGCCUAGUGACCAACAUAAGCUCUGGUGUGGCAUCCUCUCCCCCUAACGUGUCCAGCUUCUCCCUGCCCAGCAAUAUGACUGCGGUUACCAUGACCACACUGAUGCCCUUGACCACCCUCUCCACGCCCACAGGGCUGCAGCGGUUCUAUUCCCUGUCCUACUUGUGGUACAGCGCCCACAACUCCACCACAGUCAUCGUGGUGGGCCUGGCUGUCAGUCUGCUCACUGGGGGCAUGCGGGGCCGCACGCUGAACCCUCAGACCAUUUACCCCAUGGUGCCAAAGCUCCUUGCUCUCCUGCCUUCAUGCUGCCAGAACCGACUGCCCUGCAGAAGCUAUAGCCAGGACCUCCCCAUGGACACCGCUGUGUUUCCAGAGAACAUGGAUGAUGGUAUACUGUGGGACAGCAGAGACAAGCAGGUCCAGGAAGGCUCAGUCCACCAGGGCAAUAGCCCCACCUUCGUCCUCCAAGAGACCUCACUGUGA